GCACCAGUCAGCAGGGCUUAUAGUGGAUGCUAGAUUCAAGUGAUCCAAGCCUAAGGGACCUUCUACGUUAGGGGGAGGAGGCACGACACAAGGGGGAGGAGCGGCUUAUGCUUGCAGCAGGAGGCCAGACAGCAGACACUGGGGGACGGAGUGAGAGAGCUGGGGGCAGAUCGUGCUCCUGAAGCUCUAAGGAGAGAUACCUACCUCUGGUGGAUUGUUGGUUAAACAGACAUCCACUUGGAGUUCUCGCAUCGGUAGGUGAUGGGGCCCGGUAGUGUGGAAAAGAGAGCAGGGGGCCCUGCAAGUGGCUGGAUCUGCAGAGCAUAUCACUUUAUCACCGAUAGGAAUGACUUUCGACGGAACCUUUUGGUGAACCUGGGACUCUUUGCUGCUGGCGUCUGGGCUGCCAGAAACAUGACGGACAUUGAUUUUAUGACGCCGCAGCCAGGCAUGUAGAGGAACGGGAUACCUGCAUCAUCUUUAUUCAGACCAAUGCACAAGCACCCAAUUAAAUGCAACAGCAAUUCUCCAGUAAGAAGUGUCUAGGUGGACGUUAUGCAGUGCUAAGCGGGGAAUGGACCAAUAGAAUGGAUCCUCUUUGGGAAUGUCAAGCCUGCAGAUUGACCGUCACUAUUGUUAAGAAAAUAAAAGUAUUUUUUUAUUUGUUC